GUCGUGAAUAGACAGCACAGUAGUUAGAUCGUACACAGUAACAAGUCAAAAUGUGCGACGACGAAGUAGCAGCUCUCGUUGUAGACAAUGGCUCCGGUAUGUGCAAAGCCGGUUUCGCCGGAGAUGAUGCUCCCAGAGCUGUCUUCCCAUCCAUCGUUGGACGCCCCAGACAUCAGGGUGUCAUGGUGGGUAUGGGUCAAAAAGACUCCUACGUAGGAGAUGAAGCCCAGUCCAAGAGAGGUAUCCUCACUUUGAAAUACCCCAUUGAACACGGUAUCGUCACCAACUGGGAUGAUAUGGAGAAAAUCUGGCAUCACACCUUCUACAAUGAAUUGAGAGUUGCCCCAGAAGAACAUCCAGUCCUCCUCACUGAAGCUCCAUUGAAUCCUAAAGCCAACAGAGAAAAGAUGACCCAAAUCAUGUUUGAAACAUUCAACGCACCAGCUAUGUACGUCGCCAUCCAAGCUGUGCUGUCCUUGUACGCCUCCGGUCGUACCACAGGUAUUGUCCUCGACUCCGGUGAUGGUGUCACCCACACAGUCCCAAUCUACGAAGGUUACGCUUUACCCCAUGCCAUCCUUCGUCUUGAUUUGGCCGGUCGAGAUUUGACUGAUUACUUGAUGAAAAUCUUAACUGAAAGAGGUUACUCAUUCACCACCACCGCUGAGAGAGAAAUCGUCAGAGAUAUCAAAGAAAAACUCUGCUAUGUCGCCCUCGACUUCGAACAAGAAAUGGCCACCGCCGCUUCAUCCUCUUCCCUCGAGAAGAGCUACGAAUUACCUGAUGGUCAAGUCAUCACCAUUGGUAACGAGAGAUUCCGAUGCCCCGAAUCACUUUUCCAACCAUCCUUCUUGGGUAUGGAAUCUGCUGGUAUCCAUGAAACCACUUACAACUCCAUCAUGAAAUGCGAUGUUGAUAUCAGAAAGGACUUGUACGCCAACACUGUCUUGUCCGGUGGAACCACCAUGUUCCCUGGUAUUGCCGACAGAAUGCAGAAAGAAAUUACUUCUCUUGCUCCAUCCACAAUGAAGAUCAAAAUCAUUGCUCCACCCGAGAGGAAAUACUCCGUCUGGAUUGGUGGCUCCAUCUUGGCCUCUCUCUCAACCUUCCAACAGAUGUGGAUCUCCAAACAAGAAUAUGAUGAAUCCGGUCCAUCCAUCGUCCACAGAAAAUGCUUCUAAGUUACUCGCUAUGUUUCUAGGAUAUCAACAAUUCUAUGGUGGCCUAUUGAUGAUUAUGUGUUUGUUUUCGCUGUUUAUUGGUGGAAAACUUAUUUCAAUUUUUUCAAUUGACUAUCAAGAAUUUCCUCCAAAAAUACAAACAUUUUUUUUUCAAAAGUCAGUUUUUAUCAAACUAGUGUGAGUCAGAACUUCCAACAAUUUUGUAAAAAUUAUGUUCUAUUAAUUUAAAUAACUACUCUGUUGAAUUUUUUGUAUUUUGUCUUUUCAAUUUUUCUCUUCACGGAAUUCGAGGACGAAAACAGCAAGCAAAUUGUCUCAGGUUUUCGAAUGUUUGUAGACUAAAGUUAUGAAUACAUUAUGCGACAUGUUGGUUAAUAAGGGGUUAUACACAUGUCAAGGGAAACAUCAUGUUUCUUUGUUAAUACCACGCCUUGUAAAUUGUAGAAAUUCGACCGAGGCAAAAAAUAAAAAAGUUUGAAAAUAAUUUUUUGCAAACUUU